AUGCGUACUUCUGCUGUUUUAUCUGCUAUCGCCUCAGUCGCUUUAUUAUCUACACAAGUUGUUGCUGCUCCACCCGCCUGUAUGUUGGCCUGUGUUGCGCAAGUCUCAAAGGCUUCUUCAACUUGUUCGGGUCUGAAUGAUAUUUCGUGUUUGUGUGGUACCGAGGGUGCUGCUAUCCAAGAAUGUAUCAACAGUAUCUGUGACUCAAGUGUAGUCGACUCCGCUUUAAGUUCUUUGAAAGCUCAAUGUUCCGCUCAAAACGCCGUUUUGGCUAGUGCCAGUGUAUCUGCUUCUUCCAAGUCAUCCUCUUCCUCAUCAGCAGUUUCCACAUCAUCCUCUUCCUCAUCAGCAGUUUCCUCAUCAGCAGUUUCCACAUCAUCCUCUUCCUCAUCAGCAGUUUCCUCAUCAGCAGUUUCCUCAUCAGCAGUUUCCUCCUCCACCAUUAUCUCCUCUUCUUCUGCAUCAUCUGUUGCUGCUUCUUCAAGUUCUUCCACCCCAGUCACCACCUCCACCACUCCAGUUACUACCUCCACCACUCCAACUAGCACCUCCACCACUUCUAUUGUUGCCAGCUCUUCAUCCUCUGCUUUCACCGUCUCGGAAGCUCCAAACGCUGCUAACGUCGUUCACGCUGCUGGUUCCGUUUUAGUUGCUGCCGCUGCCGCUUUCUUAUUAUGA